AAACUAAAGUACUAUGAUUAGAAUUUGGUCAGGCCCUUCACUGCUUGUGGUUAUUGGAGUCCUGAUUGUUGGCGUGCGAUAUUCCAUAUCGCUAGCUGCACAGUGGCUGCUUGGGUGGCCCGACCAACCCGGUUAUAAGAAGUACAUAGAAGCUCUGAAUCCGAGGCGAACAUACCAUUUAACCAGAGCUGUGAUAGAAUCGCUGAAAUACCUGCAGUACAGACAGCUUUACUUUCAACUGAAGUCAUGGCACAUGAACAAUGAAAACUCUAAACUUUAUCAAAAAGGAAUUAGUUUUGGUCGCCGUGGUAACAAGCUGGACAUCUACCACUCCACCUCAGCCACCAGUUGCGAAGAUGUACCGUUACCGGUGGUGGUUUUCAUCUACGGAGGAGCAUGGGGUUCUAGUGACAGGUCCAUUUACUGUUUAAUGGGCAAGCAGAUGGCUGAAGAGCUAAAGGCCACUGUCAUUUGUCCUGACUACUGCACCUAUCCAAAAGGGAAUGUUUUGCAGAUGGUCCAAGACAUUGCUGACUGCUUAGUUUGGGUACAAGAGAGUGAACAUAAGUUCAGUUUAGACAAAGACAACAUAGUGUUAAUUGGUCAUUCAGCUGGUGCACAUUUGUGUGCACUGACCACUCUAUUUCUCAUUGACUCAAGAGAAGAGCUUUUUAUCGAGGCAAGCAAGCAGCACUAUAUUACAAUGGCAAUAAGAGGAGUUAUUGGUCUGAGUGGUGUGUACAACAUCUUGGACCAUUAUGAACACGAGCGGAUGCGAGAUGUGGAAUAUGUGUCGACAAUGCACAAAGCCAUGAAUGGAGUGGAAAACUUUUCUUACUAUUCACCUACACACACACUGAAGACACUCAACCAAGACAAACUGAAGAGAGUGCCUCCUUUUGUUUUGCUGCACAGGACAAGAGACAACAUCGUCCCUGCCGAAUCUUCCUUGCGGUUCUCUGAACUCCUCACUUCGCUGUCUGUGAAAGUGUCUGUAUACCUGCUGCCCAGACUCGACCACCUUGAGAUUGUUGUUAACCUGAUGGCAUCAGACAGACGCCUCUACCAUCCACUCUACAGCUGUAUCAAGCAGGAGCACUGGAAACUCGUGGAAAGCCGAUGACAUCGGCACCAAACAACUCUAGCCACUGUACACAUUUUCUUUUACAGUAUCUAAUGCAUCAAAGUAAUAAUUAUAUGUAUCUUGGGUUUUAAACUGCUCUAGAAGAUAAAACGUUCUAAAGGACUAUUAAUCUGGUAACUGUAAUUUCGUGGGUAAUAUUUCAAAUGAAGUAUUGAUGUUCGUUGAUGUAACACUGGGAUUUAUUUUUGAGUGUCGUACUCUUCUUUAGUCUACUGAAAAAAGGUGUUUUGAUUUCAUAUGUUGCUAUUUUGUAUUGGGUUUUUUUGGGGUUUUUUUUUUUUUUUAAUCAACCUGUGCUGAAUAAUUAUCAUUUAAAAUAGGAUAUUAUAACCACUUUCAGGUCUCGCCGAGCUUGGGCUCUGUUAAUUCAACAGAUGAAAAUUUUAUGUUUUAUACAGGAAGAUGUCUGAGUCAUAAAUAAUUUAUUGUAGUAUUAGAACAAUCCGCUAGUUUUAUUAAGCCAAGCAUAAAAUGAUGGCAAUGAUGUUUUUGGUUUU